UUCUGUGUCCAAAAACAAAAUCCCAAAACAAACCAUAUCUUAUGGGUUUCUUAUUCCCUUAAGUUUUGGACUUGUAAUUCUAAGGAAAGAAAAAAAAAAAAAAAAAAAAAGUGGGGACUACUUACUUGUUUGAAUGUUUGGUGGCUUCUUCCUCCCUUUUGCUUGCCUUUCACAUUUUGUUCCCCUGUUAAAAAAAGCUCUUACUGCCAUUUGGUGUUUGUAGAAUCAUUCUGAGUUCUUUCUUUCUCAAACUUCUCUUUCAUGUAUGACAUUCCUUCCAUUUUAACUCAAAGCAUUGUUGAGAGAGGGAGAUAGCAGGAGGUGGAAGGGAGAGAUGUCUGCAAGGAUUACCUAUUCUUUAUCAGAUGAGAAUCAAAGCCUUCAUAAGCAAAUUGGUUGUAUGAAUGGCAUUUUUCAGAUAUUUGACCGGCGUUAUUUCCUCGGUGGUCGGAGCGUGCCCGGUCGCAACCAAAAGAAACUCCUACCAUCGCCAGGUAAUGAUGAAGGUAUCUCAAUGGAGCCUAACAGUGCCUCACAGAGAACUCAGGGGAAAAACCAGAAGAAGACUAGGAAAGAGAAACAAAGAGUGUCCACAGAGUCCUCCAGAACCUCAUUUUCGUCUACAACUUCUUGUUCUUCGAGUUUUUCGUCUCUUGAUGCCAAUAAUAGAGCAGCUCACCUUGAAACAACAUUGCUCAGCCAUGUUGAUUUUCCUGUAAACACAACUAGGGAGAUUCUGAAGAACAAGCAUAAUGCUACUGUUAAGCAAUUGGGCUGCCAAUCUUUCGAAUUCCGAGAUAUCGUCAAAGAGAACAUGAACAGAGAAGCUUGUGCAAUUUCGGUCAGAACUGUGGCAGGAGAAGAAGCAGUGAGUCGUAAAUUAAAACACGUGGACUCUCCAAGGCCGACGAGACAAGUCGAAUACACCGGCUCCAAGACUGCAGGAUCGAAUGAAUCAUUUCGCGUUCUUGCAAGGCUUCGAGAAGCACAUCGAUAUGCCAAUGAAGAGAAUGACAUUCCCACACAUUCAGCACCCAAGUUUAACAGAAGGCUAUCGUAUGAUGGAAGGGAUUCUUAUGAUACACUGAAAUCAACCAUAAAGAUCAGGGAACUUCCAAGGCUAUCACUGGACAGUAAAGAAAGCUGGGCUAGGCGCUCUGUGUCCGGAACAAGAUCAAAUGAUCUAGUUAAGGAUUUUCAGAAGGGUAACAGGGAUUUCGAAGAACCAGUGAGUUCGAGGCAAUCAUCCACGAUUGUUGCAAAGUUAAUGGGAUUGGAUUCUCUCCCAGAUUCAACUUCAACCUACAAUAGUCCAUCAAGAUUGAUCAAUGCUUGCCCAACCUAUGAACAAAAUUCUUUCUCGAGAUCAUCGAGGAAAAAUGAUGAGAGCACACAACAAAGUCGGUUUUCGGGGUCCCCAAGGAUUUCGCAUGGAGAUUCCUAUUCUCCCAGCUUGAGAAACAAUCAUUUGGGUUUGAAACCCAAUGCUUGUGCAAAGCUUAAGGUGGAAACAACUCAGGCUAGCCAGGUAAACAGAAAAGGAGAUGUUAAUGAGCAAGCUACUGAAAGUCAUGAACUUUCAAUAGAUGUGCCAAACAACUACUCUGUUUAUGGAGAAAUUGAGAAAAGGUUGUCAACACUUGAAUUCACCAAAUCUGGAAAAGAUCUCAGAGCUUUAAAACAGAUACUUGAAGCGAUGCAAAAAUCUCGAGCAAUAUUUGAGAACAAGGAACAAGCAUCAGACUGUGCAUCACAAGUAAGCAUGGACGGGACUGUUGAUCAGAAUCGCAGUUCAGGAGCAGCAAGCCCGAGAAACUCGCGGCUCAACAACACAGCUUCUUCUGCUAGAGACAAGGAUUCAAACUCUUUGAAGUCAUAUAAAUCCUCAAUAAUCAUCAUGAAGCCUGCUAAACACUUAAAAAUCAGCAAUUCCUCUCCCUCCGUGCCAUUGAAACACGAUACAUUGUGCAGUGGGAAUGAACAGGUGAAAAUGCAAUCUACCAAAGAUAUUGGUCUGCAACAUACUCAUCUCCGAUCCCUCCCCAGUCAUUCACAAUCACAGCCUUGCACAGACAAAAAUACCAACACGAGAAUUUUGAAACCAACAAAACCGACAAAGGAUCAACAUUGUCUUCGCACAGAAACCUCAACAGCCUCGGGGAACAGUCCAAGAGUAACAAGCUCAAGACUACAUAAAAAGUUUGGGCUAGAAAAACAAUCAUGCCCCACCACCCCAUCAUCAGACUCAAGCAGGAGUGAAAGGAACACCCGAAAAGUUGGAUCGAGUUCCACAGAAACAAAACUCAGGCAGAAAACUUCAACUUCAAAUCAGAAAAGUAUCAAGAAAUCAAGCAAAAGUAGUAGAUGCCCUGGAGAUACGAGUCAACAACAAGGAGGUCUUUACCCUCUGAAGCCCAAGAGUAAUGGAGCGACAUCAAACAUCACUUUGCAAAAUACAAUCAACACGCAAUUUGACAACACCAAAAGCAACUAUAUCCUGCAGGACGAUGAUGAAUGUGAACAAAGGAAUGCAGAAAUGAGGUUGAGCAACAGCAUCCCAAAAGUCAAACCAACACUAACAAUCUCUGAGCAACAAAGUCCCGUCUCUGUUCUUGAUUCUACAUUUUACCAAGACGAUUCACCAUCUCCUAUCAAGAAAAUAUCGUAUGCUUUUGAAGAUGACGAGACUGUAAACUCAGAAGCAGAAUCCAGUCAAGAGGUCCCAGUUCAAUCACAGAAAAGCACAGAGACCCUCAGCACUGAGAUUAAGAACUUGAAGUCAGAGAUCGACAAAUUGAGGAAGCAUAUUCGGCAAGUAAACUUCAGUAAUGAGGAGGAGGAGCUCUUGAAUGACAGCAAAAAUCAUUUCUGCCAAGAAAUGAAUUCUCAGCACAAAUAUAUUUGGCAAGUAUUAUCAGAAUCAGGUCUCCUCAAAGAUCUUGACCAUGGCAUGUCUGCCAUUCAGCUCUACUCACCAGGACACUUGAUCAAUCCCAACUUAUUUCUUGAACUUGAGCAGUCCACGACAGUUAAAUGGCCUUUUGAUGGUGAUUCAUACAGUAAACUGAAUUCCACAUCAGGAGAUCGCAAUAAAGUUCAGAGGAAACUCGUGUUUGAUACUGUUAACGAAAUUCUUUUGGACAAACUAGUGGCUGAACGUUCUUCCAAGCAUUGGCUCUCAAAAAGUAAUAUUGCAGGAACGGAUUCAAGAGGGCAACAGAUUUUGAAAGAACUAUGCACACAGAUUGAUCAGCUACAAGAUAGCAACCAAAGUGGCAGUCUCCACGACUACGAUGAUGCUUCAAGAAACAUGAUUUGGAAAGAUUUGAUGAAUCCAUCCUGCUACUGGGGAAAUUACCAAAAUGAUAUUCCCGGCAUAGUGUUGGAUAUUGAGCGGCAGAUCUUCAAAGACUUGAUAACUGAGAUCGUGAUGAAUGAAGCAAGCUUCUAUGACAAUAACUGCAGGGAAUUUCCCUCAAACUAGAGAAUUCCCAUCAUCUUAGAUAAAUAAACGUGCAAUCUCUUCUUACGACUUCAAACUUUGCAUCCUCAGUCACUUUUACAGGUUUAGGUUUAUUUGACAUUACCCUUCCAGAGUUUUUCUUUUUUUCUCUUGUACAGUUCCAGCAACUCCUGUGUGUGAAUUUAGAUCGUUGCUGGCAUUAGAACUGUAUUAGAAACAACUAUUUACUGUAAAUGAAGGCAAAGGUACACGUAGCAUCCUUGUUUUCAAGUCCUGUCCAGGCAAACUGUACGGAUCACUGACUAUUUUGGAACAUCCAGGUCCUGGAAGUUAGAAAAGAAAAUGAAAAUGUUUUAUAUAAUUUUAUACUA